AUGGGUCGUGGUCACGACUGUUGUUGUACCAGUCGACAUCGCGGUGUAGAUGAUGAUGACUUGGAAUUGGCAGACGCCUCACACCCUCGUUUGCGAUACAAGUGUCUACGAAAGUUUCUUGCCAUUACUUGCUCUCAAUUAGGUCUUCUGGUACUCAUUAUACUUUACCUCGUUGGUGGCACGUUCCUUUUCACCUUUCUGGAGCGAGAGCAUCAACAAGCGCGUCUGAAUAGUGGGAUUACAGAGGUGAAAUCCACUUUUGAAGAACUUACUGGAGGAACGAAUCGAAUCAGACGAGACCUUAGGCAGGAAACAAUGCCUACACCUCAACAAAUGGCUUUUCAGUGUGUCGAUCUUCAAUUGCAAACUCUUCAAAAUGAAGUACAGCGGUUUCAGAACAACCAGACUCAAAAGUAUCUACAAGAACGUCAAGAUGAGCUGAGACAGCUUAGGCAUGAGGUGGAAGACCUCAUUGCAAUUGGCGAAAUCCAUAUGCUGGAACAAAUUCUCAAUGAAGCAGUGGAAAUCAACCUCACCUCCCAAGUUGACACCUUUAUGGGUCUAACAUCAAUGCCCAGUAGUCGUCUGAUACCUAAAGAGGGGGUCCCGUCCAGCCUAAUGAAUAAGUUUGUGCUAGCGGUGUACAAAACUAUUCGUGCUGGCUGGGUGCCGCCUCCACUGACGCCACCGACAACGGUUGCGAUUUCUCAUAAAGGUGAAGAUCGACCUGAUCCCAGGGCUAUAGGACCACCAUCUCAACCCGAGUCAAUCUUAAAGACUCGGACACCUAGAACAGAUCCGUGGACCCUGAGUGGAUCACUGUUCUACGUCAUCACAGUGAUUACUACCAUCGGCUACGGACAGGUUGUUCCAGUAACAAGGUACGGUCGUCUGGCAACCAUAUUCUAUGGUCUCUUUGGAAUUCCAAUGAUGCUCCUCUUUCUUGCAAAUCUGGGUAGUCUGAUGGCGGAUACCUUCCGAAUGCUCUACAAAUCUUUGUGCUGCUGUUUUAUCUCAAAUAAAAAACGCGAUUCUCCAGCUCAACUUCCUUCCACGUCUUGCGGUGGCGUAAAGCGUUCUGCUAUCAAUGGCUCCGGUUCACCUUUGACACUUCGAGACAAACCUGGACGAGCUGGUUUCAAUGGUUCGCCUCAAGUGCCUCAAGGUUUAGGGGGUAAAAAAGGCUCAACUCUACAGGAAUUGGUGAAAAAGACAGCACCUCUUCCAGGCGUCACAGAGAGCCUAUUCAUUACUCUGGCUGGAUCCAAUUCCGUCUUUACCAAAGCCCUUCAAGCACGAAAAGAAAGCCGAAACGUAAGGGUUCCAGUGUGGUUAAUUCUUUGUAUAUUCACUUUCUACAUGAUUUUGGGCGCCCUAGUGUUUGCUUACUGGGAGCAGUGGACCUUCCUGGAUGCCAUGUACUUCGUCUUUGUCACCGUCUCCACCAUUGGAUUUGGGGACAUGCUUCCAGGUAUUGACGAUCCACAUCCGAUUAAUAGGCUGAAUAAGUUCAUCGCAGCCAAUGUCUACCUUCUCUUCGGGCUGGCCAUGGUAGCCAUGUGCUUUGAUCUCAUGCAACUGGAGGUGAAGCGAAGCUCCAAGAGAUUAGCCCGCAGAAUUGGACUCAUAAGUAGUAUGUGA